AAGAACUAGUAGGAGGGAUGCUUGCAGCGAAGCUUGAGAUGAGGAAUAACUAGAGAUGUAGCUGAAGUUUUGUGGAAAACUUUGAGCCAAGUUUGCAAUGUAGCCUGGCAGCCAUGGAUUUCAAAUACACACUGGGAACGAUAUGAGUGCACUGAUCAGAUUUGCACUAACUCCAAAUGGGUUAGAGGGGUCUUACAUGUCUGUUUUCCUCAAAAUGAAUGGUAGUAUCAUCUUAAGAUCUUUGGCCAGAUUUUUGGUGCCAUUUACCAUUCCUAGGAAGAGAAGGGUUUUAUGUUCAGGAGUUCUGCAACGAUACUUGUCUUCCAAGAUACCAGCUGUGUCCUAUCCCAAUAAGGAGAGUACAUCACCUCCUGAAAAGCUGGAAUUGGAUAGUUGGAAAAUUACGAUGAAAUCUAGUGUGCAAGAUGUUUCAGCUGACUCAGGUAGCAAAGAUGAAGAUCCUGUAGUUGCCAUGAAGGAGUUAAUUGAGAUGUGGAGAUUGCUUGGCAGAGAAGUACCAGAACACAUCAGUGAAGAAGAACUCAAAACUGCCAUGGAAUGUGUUUCUAAAUCAUCAAAGAAAAAAUACUUAAGAUAUUUAUAUAUCAAGGAAAAAGCAAAAAAAGCUAGGCAAACAAAAAAGGAAUUGAAAGCAGCAACAAAGGAAAAAGCAAUAAAAGACCAGCUGCUAGAAACCACUAAGGAAGAUAAACAGCAAAACUUUCUAUUUCUACGACUUUGGGAUAGGAAUAUGGACACUGCUAUGGGCUGGAAAGGUGCUCAGGCCAUGCAAUUCGGGCAGCCUUUGGUUUUUGACAUGGAUUAUGGUAACUAUAUGAAACCAAAAGAACUUCGGAAUACUGUUUGCCAACUUUUAGAAUCUGAAGGAUGGAACAGAAGAGAUGUCGAUCCUUUCCAUAUUUAUUUCUGCAACCUUCAAGUAGGUGGUGUUUAUCAUAAAGAGUUAGUUAGACGUUAUGAAGAAAAAUGGAGUAAAUUGCUUUUAACAACAACAGAAAAGUCUUACAUAGAUUUAUUCCCAAAGGAUAGUAUUAUAUAUUUAACUGCAGAUUCUCCCAAUGUUAUGACUACUUUCAAGCAUGAUAAAAUUUACGUGGUGGGGUCUUUUGUUGAUAAAGGAACGCAGAAAGGCAUAUCCCUAGCCAAAGCAAAACGGCUGAAGCUGGCAACAGAAUGCCUUCCAUUAGAUAGAUAUUUACAGUGGGAUACUGGUACCAAAAAUCUCACCUUAGAUCAAAUGAUGCGUAUUUUGUUAUGCCUGAAAAACACUGGUAGUUGGGAAGAGGCUCUGAGGUUUGUUCCUAAGAGAAAACAUGCUGGUUAUCUGGAGAUAUCUCCGUCUUCUCAAGAAGAGCUUGUCAACAGAUUGAAGAGGUCAAAGACUUUUAAUUCAUUUCCAAAAGACUCUCUAAAAAUACACACACAGAAAAGGUGGCUUAAAUGAGAAUACUGGAUAACUUAAAUGGUCACAAUAUAUGUAAAUCAAACCAUGAUGCUGUAUGCCUCCAAUUUAUACUGUAAUGUAUGUCAGUUAAUAAAACUGGAAGAGAAAAGGCAAACGGUGGAAAUACA